AUGGCGCCAGUAGAACCCAAUGCCCCCUCUCACAAACGGAGAUUGAGUGAACCAACCGCUGAAGGUCCGACAGAUGCAAUCGAAGUUGAUCGGUCUGGAGCCCCGUCCCUUGAUGAGUCAAUGGAUGUCCCAGGAGAGUCGAUGCAAGAGUCUGAGUAUACGCCAUCACGGCCUCCUAGUGUGUUGGACGAUUCGAAUCCUAUGGAUUUGGAUGAAGAUGUUGCCAUGGAAGGUAAUCGACUAGAUCAGCUUGCGCAAUGGACAAUCCAAAGCUGUUUUGUAGGACGGUCGUAUGAAGAGUGUCAUUUGAGCCAGUUUCGGAACAGCAUCUUUUACGGUGAACAGAAAGUGCCCGUCACGCUCAAUCGUGCCAAGUUCUAUCAGAAACGUCCUUCGUAUGUCCUAGAAGAAGGUUCAUCGAAAGAAUUGGACCCAGAGAUGACUUUGCAAGGCAUGCUUGUUGAGUUUGGACAGAUGGACUCGAAUCGGCUUGGACGUGUGUUGCCGGAAGAGAGUGCGAAGAAGUUGGCCGUUGAACGUGGUCAAGAGAUCAUUCCAUGUCGCUGGGUCAACACCUAUAAAGCUUCGAAGGAUGUCGUGAGAUGUAGGUGUGUGGUUCAGCAAGUUUCGGCCGGAGCCGGAACAGCAGUCAGUCUUGGGAUUUCCAGUCCCACUGCCUCAGUUGAUGGGUUGAAGAUGGUUCUUGCACUAGCUGGGUACUUUGGUAGCUUUUUGGGAGCUCUAGAUGUCAGUUGUGCUUUUAUGGCCUCACCUCUUCCCAUGGGUUUUCAUCAGAUCGUCCGCCUGCCUGCAGGAACCGUAGAUUCCAAUGGUCGACCGGUCUAUGUGGAUCUGAUCAAGGCCAUGAACGGUCUGCGGGUGUCGCCAAGAGCCUGGAUGAUGUAUAUCUCAGAUAUCAUUCAAACUCAGUGUGGACUGUCGGCGAAUCUGAUUGAGCCUUCGUUGUUCGCCGGAUGGACGAGUGUUGAGGGUCUUGACUCAGAGUUUGUCAACAUCCUAGUCUAUGUAGACGACUUGUUGAUUCGGACGGAGACAGAAGCGAUGUAUGAGAAGUUGGUUGCUUUGUUGAAGCAUGAGAUCCAAAUCAAUGAAACAGGACGACUUGGAAUCAAACAGAAAGGAGAGUUGAAUUUUUUGGGUCGUCGCAUCUGGCGGGAAGCCCAGUCCGAUGCCGUACAUGUCGGAAUGAAAGAAGGGUUCUUCGAGGACAUGUUUGGUCUUCUUAUGGUUUCUGGUUUGAAGCCGUGUGAUGCAGUACCUCAGAUUCGAAGUCAGUUGGAUAGUGUAGAUCCAGCCAACAACAAAGAGUUGUCUCCUGAACAGGCCACUGCGUAUCGAUCGGUUCUCGGUCGUAUGGCUUGGCUUGCACCGUUUAGAGCAGACUUGUGUUUUGCAAUGAGUCAACUCGCCGUCGGUCAGUCGACGCCCAUGAUCAAACAUGAGAAGGCCUUGAAAGCUGUCAGUAGGUAUGUCAAAGGAACUGCCCACCUGUGUCAGACGUUUCCGAUUCCCGAUGUCGGUUCGCUCUACCAUCAAGAGGGUAUGCAUGAGUUUUCCUUGGUUUCAUACUGUGAUGCCUCGUUUGCCCCUAUGUCCAACAAUGGUCGGAAGUCGGUGAGUGGAGGACUCACAAUUUGGUUGAACUCAUGUAUCAAGAGCUAUGCCCGAACCCAAUCCGUCGUUGCCCAAUCGAGCGCCGAGGCUGAACUGAUCGGUGUAGUCGAGAUGACGACCGAAAGCCAUUGA